AUGACUAAUGACAAAGAGAACGGGUCACCUGAAGUCACAGACAGUGGGUCACCUGUAGUCCUAUUAGUUACUGACAGUGAACCACUUGUUGUCCCAGUCACUGUCAGUGGACCACCUGUUGUCCCAGUCACUGAUUGUGAACCACCUGUUGUCCCAGUCACUGUCAGUGAACCACCUGUUGUCCCAGUCACUGUCAGUGUACCACCUGUGGUCCCAGUCACUAACAGCACACCAUUUGUUGUCCCAUUCACUGACAGUGGACCACCUGUUGUUCCAGUCACUGUCAGUGGACCACCUGUUGUCCCCGACACUGACAGUGGACCACCUCUUGUCCCAGUCACUGUCAGAGGACCACCUGUUGUCCCGGUCACUGACAGAGCAUCAUUUGUUGUCCAAGUCACUGACAGAGCACCAUUUGUUGUCCCUGUCACUGACAGUGGGCCGACUGUUGUCCCAGUCACUUACAGGGGGCCGACUGUUGUCCCAGUCACUUAA